AUGUCUCUUUUUGGAUCUAAUACACCUGCUGCAAGCAGUACAACACCACUUUUCGGAACAUCAACAGCUUCAAAACCCACGGGAGGAAGUCUAUUUGGAGCAGCUCCAGCAGCAGCCACAACGACAUCUACCGUACCACUAUUCGGAUCCACAACAACAACUUCUACAGCUGGAGGAGGUCUAUUCGGAAGCAAGCCAGCCGCCACAACAACACAAGCUACAGGAGGACUUUUCGGUUCAACGACUACAACUACAGCUCCAGCGUCGGGAGGACUAUUUGGUUCCACAUCGACGACUACAGCUACAUCGGCUUCUGGAGGACUUUUUGGUUCGACAUCUACAGCACCUGCAACCACCGGGGGAGGGCUUUUUGGUUCAACAACUGCAGCGCCCGCGGCCACUGGUGGAGGACUGUUCGGUACCAAACCAUCCACUACAGGUGCCGCAACACUCGGUGGUGGACUGUUCGGAUCUACAACAACAUCGGCUGCUCCGACAACUACGUCUUUCGGCGCACCACCAGCUUCAAACACAAUUUUGGGACUUGGAGGAAUUCAGCAACAGAGCAGUAGCGGUAGCACAAAUACAACUGGAGCCACAACAUCAUCUCUAUCUGGGACUGGCGAUAAAGAUACAACAAAAGACAGUGAAUGGCAGCAAACACAAACAUUAAUCCGUGAUAUGAUUCCACUUAUCGAAGAAAAAUUGAAGAAGAAUCGAGAAUUGAUGGAAGAAACCGAGAAUAUGGCUGUUGAUAGUGUAUCAAUUGACGAAAUGAUUGAUAAAACACGUGGGUGGAUUAAUGAAGUCAAAAGAGAUGUAUGCACUGCUACUAUCUCAUCUCAUGAUGUGGCGAAAUUGGUUGCACACGAUAAGCAUUUGGCAGAUACUGCGAGACGAGUACAGGAUCAAUCUAGUACAGCCAAUCAGUCAAUGCACGCGGAGCUCAUCAAAAAGCAUCUUGGAGAACGAAUUCAAGGGUACGAUUCAGAAAUUCGAGCUCUUCAAACACGUGUCAACAAAAUGCGUACUCGAUUCGAGAAACUUUUAAAAGGAGAACCACAUCUUACUUUUGAGGAACUAGUUGAGGAAUUCAUGAAGUGUGAUACAGUUGUCUCUAAUGGAACUUAUGAUGUUGAAGCGCUCGGAAGAGAUAUUGAAGAAGUUCGUGAUCUUUUGAUUGAACAAGGAUAUACUCAAUUGAGAAAGUGGAAUACAACUGUUAAUCAUGCUGAUCCUGUAUCAGCCAUCAGUGAAGGUGCCGAAUUCUUCCCAUCACAAUCUAGUCUUGCUAUCAUUGGAAGUGCACUGAGGGCACCUGCACCCGCUGUUGCACCAGCUGUUGGAGGUCUCGGGCUAUCUACGGGAACCAGCUUAUUCGGAAACACAGGUGGCUCAUCAUUGUUCGGUUCAACUGCAACAAAACCAGCUUUCUCAGGAGGAUCUCUUUUCGGGUCUGCUACCACCACAGCACCAACAACUGGAACAACUGCUACAACAAGUUCUCUAUUCGGUGCGAAACCAGCAACGACUACACCAUUCGCAUCAACAGUCGGCAACAAUUCAUGUGGAGUUCUCUUCAGUUCGAAAAAGUAA